UUGCUCCGUAGUUUGACCCUUAACUGAUGAUGACGAGAGAGAUUCACUCACUCACUUUCGCUUUACAUACAAAAGAACCAAAUCUAGCAUAAGCUCACAUACUUUCUAACUUUUAGCUUUUAUUUAUUGCUUUCAUCUUUCUUUCAUUUCCCCUUUGUUUUCUCUUGCUCUCAUCUUUCCUCUGUUCUUCAUCCAUAGCCAUUUACCAAACAGCUAAAAGCUUGGGAAAAGGUGUGAACUUUGUGAACAAGAGUCCCCUCCUUGGAUGGAUCUAGUAUUGAUUGAGUCUACCUCAGAAAUGAAUUGGUGUUUAGUUUGUCCUAGUUCUUGGAGGUUAUUGGUAGCUGAUUUACACUGAGACAAAUAAAGAAAUAUCGAUUACAUCAAUGGCUUCAAAGUCUAUUCAAAAACCCACCUCUCAUAAAAAUUUCAAAACAACCAUCAACCAAACAGUAGAGGCUGGUUCUCAAAACCCUUCACCUUCACAAAUUUCUAAGCCAAGCAAGUCAGUACCUAUGCAACCAAAAGAAUUGCCAAAACCCAGUAAUCAAAAUACACCAGAGAACACUGCCACUGAGGCAUUAGACUGCGAAAAACCCAAUUACAGUCCAAAAGGGUCUGCUGACACCUUGUCCACGUUAUCUGAUAAUAAUUCUUCCAAGCCUACUAGUUCUUCCGAACCUACUUCUGAUGAAAGUAUAAAACAGUCUUCUCAACAAGAAGAUUCUGUGGAAGUCAAUGAAGACCAAGAAAUGAAAAAGUUUGAGCAGAACAGUGUAAAGGAUAGCUCAGCUUCUGCUAAAGUUAGUGAUGGAACCAGUAGCCUGACAAAAACCAGUGGAGGUGCUAAAAUCAGCGAUCGGGCUGAUUUUAGUGGAAGUGGAAAGAGUAGCAUGUGCCGACCCAGUACUAGCAGUAACAUCAGUGAUGAGAGCUCAUGUAGUAGUUUGAGUAGCGUUAGUAAACCCCAUAAAGCAAACGACUCGAAAUGGGAAGCAAUUCAAAUGGUUCGAGCUAGAGAAGGGAUUCUUGGUUUAAAUCAUUUUCGGCUAUUAAAGAGGUUGGGCUGUGGUGAUAUAGGUAGUGUAUAUUUGUCAGAGUUGAGCGGAAUGAAGAGUUGUUUCGCGAUGAAGGUCAUGGACAAGGGCUCUUUGGCAAGCCGGAAAAAGCUUCUUAGGGCUCAAACUGAGAGGGAGAUAUUGCAAUGCUUGGAUCAUCCAUUCCUUCCGACAUUAUAUACUCAUUUUGAGACUGAUAAAUUCUCAUGUUUAGUAAUGGAAUACUGCCCGGGUGGAGAUCUACAUACUCUUCGGCAGAGGCAACCUGGGAAGCAUUUUUCAGAACAAGCUGUAAAGUUCUACGUAGCGGAGGUCCUUCUAGCCUUAGAAUACCUUCACAUGCUCGGCAUCAUCUACCGAGAUCUCAAGCCCGAAAACGUCCUCGUCCGUGAAGAUGGCCAUAUCAUGCUCUCUGACUUCGACCUUUCUCUUCGUUGUGCAGUCAGUCCAACCCUAAUCAAAUCCUCAAACCCUAAUUCCGACUCCUUUCGCCACACCACAAUAAAUCCCGCUCCAGUCUACUGCGCUCAGCCCGCCUGUAUCGAGCCCCCCUCCUGCAUCCAACCCGCCUGCGCGGGCCCCACAACAUGCUUCUCUCCUCGUGGGCUCUUCUCUUCCAAAUCAAAGAAAGACAAAACUAAGCCCAAGUCCAAGCCCAAACCUGAAAUAGGUAACCAAGUCAGCCCGUUGCCUGAGCUUAUAGCAGAACCCACCAAUGCACGCUCAAUGUCCUUUGUUGGAACUCACGAGUACUUAGCUCCUGAGAUCAUCAAAGGUGAGGGCCAUGGGAGUGCAGUGGAUUGGUGGACCUUUGGUAUUUUCUUGUAUGAGCUUUUGUUUGGUAAGACUCCCUUUAAGGGUUCGGGCAAUAGAGCUACAUUGUUUAAUGUAGUCGGGCAGCCAUUGAGGUUUCCUGAAUCACCAAUGGUGAGCUUUUCAGCGAGGGACCUGAUAAGAGGACUGCUGGUGAAGGAGCCACAGCAUCGGUUGGCAUAUAAACGGGGGGCUACAGAGAUAAAGCAGCACCCGUUCUUUGAGGGAGUUAACUGGGCUUUGAUACGGUGCGCAAGUCCUCCAGAGAUCCCAAAACCUGUGGAGAUCGAGUGGACUCAGACAGUAGCAGCACCUGUGGCUGAAUCUUCUGGUGAAAAAGUUGCUGUUGGUGAUCAGAAAGCACCUGAUAACUAUCUGGAGUUUGAUUUCUUUUAGUGCUUGAUCCUUCUCUUUAAAUAUGGAAGGUGUGGAGCUUCUUGUAUCUUUUUCUCAGCAUCACAGCAGCUUAGUUUUCAUGUGGAAAUGUUAGAUUUCGUGAGGGCUGUUCUUUUUACGGGGAGAAAUUCAAAUUUAAGGUCUGUAUUCCUCAAUGAAUUCUGAAAUAUUUUUAAUCUUUACGAUAUGAUUCAAAGAUGGGGGCUUUUUUCUCCCUUGAUUCAUA